CAUCGCGACAUCAUUGAAUCAAUCUUACUGGCCACAAACCACAAUCUUAGAACCUCAAUACCUUUGGAAACCUUUGCAAAUACACUCCUAAACAGCAACAAAGUCUUUAUACUCAUAUUGUGCUUGGCAUUAUAUAUAAAUAUGCCUAUACGAAUUCUAUGUCUGCACGGCAGGGGUUCUAACACCGAGAUUUUCCGGAUGCAAACGGCAGGUAUACGCAGCUUACUGGAGCCAGAGUACGAAUUUGAAUUUGUGGAGGGCCGGUGGCCCCAUUUGGAGGGUAACUGGUCUCUACACACAGUCGACUUUUCAAAGUCAAAUCUGUAUGGGUUUUACAACAUGUUGGAUAUCGAUGAUAUUCUGGCCACCGAGAACGAGCUGCGUCAAGUCAUAGAGGACCAUGGUCCAUUCGAUGGUUUGUUAGGAUACUCCCAGGGUGGAUCGAUGGCCGCUCAAAUCGCCAUCCGGCUCCUCAUAGAGAACCCAUACGCCACACCCCAGGAGUUACCAAUCAAGUUCCUGGUGCUCAUCAACAGCGCCGUACCGCCUUUCAUCAUGCCGCUGGAUGAGCAAGAAGUCACGGACCUACCGAUUGAGGAGGCGCCAAAGCUGCAGAUGCUAUUCGACGUCUUCAAAGCGAACCCCGCCGAUCACCUGGACAAAGUGCGGCCGGCGAAGCUUGCCAACGGUAGACAGGCUCUCGUGAGCAAAACGCACUACAUGACGUUUUUCGACAAGGCUUGGGACGGCCACCCACUAUCCAUGCCUUCGCUGCACAUUACCGGCCUGGGUGACGCCCCAGAGUACGGCCAGCAACUGUUUGAUAUUGCCGAACCCGGCCAAGCGGAGCUGAUUGGGCAUGUGUUUGGGCACGACUUCCCGCGAGGGCUGGAUAUGAACAAGACAAUUGCCAGGUCGAUAAGGGCGCUGGCGGAUAGAGCCUUGUAGAAAGUCCAAAACGGACACGGCAGCUUUCACAGCUUCUUUCUAUGAACGUAGCUAUAGCGUACCCAGUUUCCACUCAAUGCCACUCUGUGAUUGUUUCAAAGCAGUCUAUCUAUACCCACGCCUGACCUCAAAACUGUACCU